ACCCCAGUCCUUUUUGUCAGCCAUCUUUACGAGGGGAACGACCCCGGGCUCCACCCCCCCCCCCGGCCUCUUUGUUCGCCAUCUUUAUGAGGGGAACGAUAGCUCCACUAGGAUUAGCCCCUCCGCGGCCAUCCAUCUUCGUGCGGAGAACGGCCCUCCCCGAGCGGGGCCUUUUGCCAGCCAUCUUAGUUCGGGGGAAGGCGUUGUCCCUCCGCGGGCCGGCCUCCCCAGCGGCCAUGUUUGUGCGGGGCUCCCGGCCCGGAAGCCCUGACUUCAGGCUGCUCAUGGAGCCGUUAUGGCGGCUGGGCCUGUUGCUGCUGUUCCUGCUCCCUCAGGGGCACAGUGGGUACAAUGGCUCCUCAGGCCACCCGUGGGAGACGAUCGUGGGUCAGAUUGCCCGGGCCGUGGCAGACCACCGGCCUUGCGACAGCGCCAACUGCAGCUGCCAUCGAGGGGUCCUCGACCGGGAUCUGGAGCCCUUCCGCGGCGGCGUCUCCCGCCGGGCCAUGUCGGACCUGGUCGGCCGGAAGCUGGGAACCCACUACCAGAUCGUCCGGAAAAGGCUCUACCGGGAGCGCGACUGCAUGUUCCCUUCCAGAUGCGGCGGGGUGGAGCACUUCAUCCUGGAAGCCAUCGACCGCCUCCCGGACGUGGAGCUGGUCAUCAACGUCCGCGAUUACCCUCAGGUGCCCAAGUGGAUGGGCCCCGUUGCGCCGGUCUUCUCCUUCAGCAAGACCUCCGACUAUAACGACAUCAUGUACCCCGCGUGGACGUUCUGGGAAGGCGGCCCCGCCGUGUGGCCCAUCUACCCCACCGGCCUCGGCCGCUGGGACCUCCUGACCGACGACCUGGCCCGGGCGGCAGAACAGUGGCCGUGGGACAGGAAGAUCCCCCGAGGCUUUUUCCGAGGAUCCAGAACCAGCGCGGAGCGAGACCCCCUCGUUCUUCUGUCCCGGGAGGACCCGGGGCUGGUGGACGCCCAGUACACCAAGAACCAAGCCUGGAAAUCUGAGAAGGACACGCUUGGGAGACCGCCGGCGAAGGAAGUCUCUCUCGUAGAUCACUGCAAAUACAGGUACCUGUUCAAUUUCCGGGGGGUGGCGGCCAGCUUCCGCUUCAAACACCUGUUCCUGUGCGGCUCCCUCGUCUUCCACGUGGGCUCCGAGUGGCUGGAAUUCUUCUACCCGCAGCUGAAGCCUUGGGUCCACUACAUCCCGGUCAACACGGACCUCUCCAAUGUCCGGGAGCUGCUGCAGUUUGCCAAAGAAAAUGACCAGCUGGCCCAGGAAAUUGCCGAGAGGGGUCGCCGGUUCGUCACCGACCACCUGCGGAUGGCCGACGUCUCCUGUUACUGGGAGACGCUGCUGACCGAGUUCGCGCGAGUCCUGACCUAUGAGGUGAAGAGAAAGGAAAACUACCAAGAAAUUCUCCCCAAACGCGUGAAAACUGAACUCUAGACGCCUCCCUCUCCCCCCUCCCGAAGCGGCUCUCCGGGGAAAGCCCCCUCUCGUGACGACGGCGUUCCAGCCGCCGCCGUCCUCGGGCCGGGAGCGCGGGGGUCACCCCGAGCCUCCGCUCCCUCGGGCCCGUCCGCCCCCCCGGCCCCGCCGAAGCCCCGGACCCUUCGCGUCCGGCUCCGGCCCGGACGGUCCCUUGGGUGCCUUGGGCUCCCCGGAUUCCCCCCCGUCUGCCGGGCCGGAAGGGACCCCGAUGCGGCUCCCUCGUCCCGGAGGAAGCGGCCGGGUCGGGGAGCAGCCUCCGCACGUCGCCGGGAGGGUCUCUUCGCGGAUUUCGGGGCCUUCACCCCCUCCUCCCUUCUCUCGCCUCUCUCCCGGUCUCCCCGUGUUCUCCGGGAGGUUUGCGCGGACUCGACUGGUUCCGCGAUCGCGCGGAUUAAGUAGCGAAAAGGCGAACUCGGGCUCGUUAAGCCGGGGGACCGGCGGGCAAGGCCCGUCUGGGUCAGCCGCGUGGCCCAGCCGGUCCAGGACUCCGUCUCCCACAGCGUGUCAGAAAAUCUGGAGGAGCGACCGUGUUGUUAACCCUCCUGGAAGCCCACCCUCGUGGCUAGGGGUGGGCCAUCCGACCCCCCCGACUUGAUCCUCUCCACUCCUGACUCUCCGGCGACACCCUCUCUUCUCUCCGUCCCCGACUGUCCCCGGGUGACCCAGCCCGGACCAUCCGACACCCCUGACUCUCCCCCGCCCCCCCCCCCCCCCGUAACCGUGGUAUCUGUUAAGCGUUUACUACGUGUCACACCCUUAUCCUCUCUCCCCACCGGCCCCGAUUAGCCAGCCGGCGACCCGGCGUGGACGUUCCGCCGUCGAUCCGAGCAACCUCGUACUCGCUGAUGUUCUUCUUCUCGCCCGGCUUCCUGUGGAACGCGGCCUGCUCGUAUUUACGCCGUGUGUGUGAAAGUGACUUUCUUUUUUGUUUAUCUCGAAUCUGCCACCUUCAGGCUCCGUCGAGCGCCCUCGUAUCCUGUCACCGCGGGAUGCGGCCGGGGGCCCGUCCCUCGGCCGCGCCGACCCCACCCUCCGGGAUUACGUGAACUCCGGCCCUCCGGGCCGGAAUCUCUCCGGGACCGGCCGAUCACCCGGGUUUCCCCGGGCCUCCCCCCGGCCCCGCUUCCCGAUCCCUCCCCGCCGCGGGGCCGGGGGUCGGAAGCGGCGGGCCGGCGCGUCCCCCGGGGGCCGGCGAGGAGGGGCCCCGGGGGGCGGAGGCGCGGGGCACCUGAGCCGAAAACCGGAGUCGGCGUUCGGGAGUUGAGUUCUGGCUUCGCCGCUGAGUCACCGCGGAACCCGGGGCCCCGGGACUGCAGCGGCCCGUGACGACUGGCUUUUCCUGUCACGAAAAUAGGAACCGCAACCACAUCUUCCUCCCACCCCGUCGGGGCGGAGGCCUGACACUUCUCUGCGGGGAUGGGUGCCCUUCGCCGCCUUCUCCUCUCCGUGACUCUCCCCGUCUCAGUAAUGGGCCCCUUGAGGUCAUCUGGAGGGGCAUCGCGGUGGUAUUGGAGCACUCGCUGGGCGCGGAGCUCUGUACCGAGCGCCUGGAGGAGGCCACGACAGCAAGCAGAGACUGUAAGGUCGUCGUCGGGCAGCGCAUGUGUCUGCUUUAGAUUGUACUCCCUCCGAGCGCUUAGUACGGGGUUCGGCGUACACCGAGCGCUCAGUGGAUACAGCUGACCGACCGACACCUCCUUUUGAGUGUUCAUUCAUUCGAUAGUAUUUAUGGAGCGCUUACUGUGUGCAGAGCACUGUACCGAGCGCUUGGAAUGACAGUUCGGCAACAGAGACGAUCCCUGCCCGUCGUUUACUACGUGUCCUAAGAGACAGAGGAUGAUCGGGGCGGACACAGUCCCCGUCCCGCCUGGGGCUCGGAGGCUCGGCCCCCGUUUUGCCGAUUCAACCAUUCGGUCGUAUUUAUCGAGCGCUUACGGUGUGCAGAGCGCUGUUCUAAGCGCGUGGAGAGUACGGUUCGGCAACCGAUGGAGACAGUCCCUGCCCAACGGCGGGCUCGCAGUCUAGACGGGGGAGGCGGGCAAAACAAGACCAGUAGGCAGGCGUCAGUAGCAUCCGACGACGAGGUGACGGGCACAGAGAAGUGAAGUGGCUUGCCCCAGGUCAAAAAGCCGAGCCCGCCGGCCAGACCGUAAGCUUACCGUGGGCAGGGAACGUGUCUUCCAGCCAUUCUCCUAAGCUUUCUGUUCGGGGCUCGGCCCGCGGAAAGCGCUCCAUCAGUCCUUUGGGUUCGAUGGAUUAGCAGAGCGCUCCGCACAGCGUAAGCGCUCAGUCUUAUGGAGUGACGGAUCGGUGGGGGUGUCGUGGUGAGCACCUCCCCUCCCAGGCUGGCGGAGAGAACCCCGCAUAAAGCCUGGAGCCUCUGGAGUCUCAGCCCCUUGUGGGCAGGGAGCCCGUCGGCCAACUCGCUUGUGUCUCUCUCCCCGAAGCGCUUCGUACAGGAAGAGCUCAGUAAAUAUCAUCGACGACGAUGGAGAACGGGAAGCUACCGUGAGGGUCGCUUAGGCCACAAGAAAGGCCCGUGGCCAGCUUUUUAAACCAGGGCUGGGGAAGUGCGCCUGGGGCCGGAGCGAGGGGCCAGGGUGGAAAGACCAGGUUCGCUUUUGGAAGAUCUAGAUCCCUCUCGCGAGGCCCCUUUUGUAGAUUCAGUGGAAAUAAAACCAUUUUAGCACGA